GGCCGAAGGCUGCCGCUGGAGGACUGCGGCCACCGCCGGCCAGCGAGAGCUGAGGCCAGAGCGGCCCCGCCGGAAGCGGAAGUGAGGUCCGCGGCGGGCGCGGGGGUUCCCGGUGGUGCGGAGGGGCCCGCGGGGUGCCGCCGCCGCCAUGGGGGACGACAUGGAUGUGAUCCCCGAGCGGGAGAUGAAGGACUUCCAGUUCAGAGCACUGAAGAAGGUUCGCAUCUUCGACGCUCCAGAGGAGCUCCCCAGGGAGCGCUCCAGCCUCCUCGCAGUGUCUAACAAGUAUGGGCUGGUCUUUGCUGCUGGGGGGACCAGCCUGCAGAUCUUCCACACCAGGAACCUCCUCAUGCAGAACCAGCCGGGAGAGGACCCCAAUAAAAUCGUGGAGAAUGUUCAGAGCACCUCAGUCUCCCUGAAGUUCCCUGUGCAGCACCUGGCUCUGAGCUGUGACAACCUCACCCUGUCUGUCUGCAUGAUGUCUGCUGAAAUCGGCUCCUUUAUUGGCUUCUUCGAUGUCCGCACCUUCUUAAACCAGGCGAAGCAGCAGAAACGUGCAUUUGCAUAUCACAAGCUGGCCAAGGACUCGGGAAGUGUAGCCACGGUCAAUGACCUGAAGUGGAACCCUGCCAGCCCCACCAUGGUGGCCAUCUGCCUGUCUGAUGGCAGCAUCACAGUCCUGCAGGUCACAGACUCUGUCAAGGUGUAUGCCACCCUGCCUGCCUCUGUCGCUGUGACUUCGGUGUGUUGGAGCCCAAAGGGAAAACAACUUGCAGUGGGGAGGCAAAAUGGCACCGUGGUGCAGUACCUGCCUAAUCUGCAGGAGAAGAAGGUGAUCCCCUGUCCUCCCUUCUAUGACUCGGACAACCCUGUUAAAGUCCUGGAUGUGCUGUGGAUUGGUACCUAUGUCUUUGCUAUUGUGUAUGCAGCAGCAGAUGAGACACUGGAAACUCCUCCAGAGGUGGUCAUAGCCAUACUGCCUAAAAAAGAAGAGAAGAGGCCAGAGAAGUUUGUGAAUUUCAUGGAGCCUUGCUAUGGGAGCUGCACAGAGAGGCAGCAUCAUUACUUCCUCAACUAUGUGGAAGAAUGGGAUCUUGUUUUGGCAGCUUCAGCAGCUUCCACAGAUGUCAGCAUCCUGGCCAGGCAAGGAGAUCAGAACUGGGAAUCCUGGGUUCUGGAGGACUCCAGCAGAGCAGAGCUCCCCGUGACAGACAAGAGCGACGACACUCUGCCCGUUGGGGUUGCUGUAGACUACACCAGCAACAUGCCCAUCCCCAUCAGUGAUGACAAGACCUUGGCUCCAGCUCCAGUCCUGAUCUUGCUCUCUACGGACGGUGUCCUCUGCCCCUUCUACAUGAUCAACCAAAACCCAGGGGUCAGGUCGCUCAUCAUCACCCCAGAGCUGCUGCCCUUAGUAGGGGAGAGAGUUCCAAAGUCGACAGGGAGUGCUGCCACAACUCCAACCACUCCUCCGAAGCCUGAGACAGGACCUGCUGCUGCUGCUCCUGCCCCCAGCCAGCCUCCCGCAGCAGGAGCAGCUUUCUCCUUCGCGCCUGCAGCCGUGAAGGCUCCUGGCCCCGCGGGCGCUGAUCCUCCACCUUACCCCUUCGCCACUGACGCCUCCACGCAAGCCCUGGCUCCCAGUCUGACUGCAGCAGCAACCUUCUCCUUCUCCUCUGCUUCUCCUAAGGCAUCCACAACUCCUGCUCCCUCUGUAGCCACCACCACAGCUGCUGCCACCUCCUUUUCCUUUGGAUCUAUGAACUUCAAACCGGCUGCAGACAGCUCACCUGGGCUGCCACUCUCCUCAACACCUCUUCCACAGAAGACAUCUUUUUCCCCUUCAGCUUCUUCAGUCAAAGUGAACCUCAGUGAGAAGUUCGCUGCUGUGGAAACCUCUUCUCCUGCCAGCAGCAGUGGUCAGUGCACUGCCACAGUGUUUUCAUUCUCAACCACUUCCAAAGCUACUGCUGGAAGUCCUUCGAGCCAGUCCACAGCCCUUACAGCCUCUACUACCAUGGCACUGAAGGCUUCAAGCCCUGCACCUGCCACAGUGACACGUCCUGCUCAGAGUACACCUGCAGCUGCUAUGGCACAGAAGUCAGCCAAAAUCACCCCUUCUGCAGCAAAACCAAGCUCUGCUCAGGGCAAAUCAGCACUUCCCAGCCCAGCUUUAGAGAAGCAGACCCACCAGUGGAAGGAUUCAGACCCUGUCAUAGCAGGAAUCGGAGAGGAGAUUGCACACUUCCAAAGGGAGAUGGAGGAGCUGAAGGCUCGGAGCUCCAAAGCCUGUUUCCAAGUUGGGACUCCAGAGGAGAUGAAGAUGCUGAGGACUGAGUCAGAUGAUCUCCACACUUUCCUCUUGGAGAUCAAAGAGACCACAGAGUCACUUCAUGGAGACAUUAGCAUUCUGAAGACAGCCUUGCUGGAAGGAUUUGCAGGGGUGGAAGAGGCUAAAGAACAGAAUAAUCAGAGUCAUGGCUCAGGGUAUUUACACUUGCUCUAUAAGAAACCUUUGGAUCCCAAGAGUGAAGCACAGCUUCAGGAGAUCCGCCGCCUGCACCAGUACGUGAAGUUUGCUGUGCAGGAUGUGAAUGAUGUCCUGGACCUGGAGUGGGAUCGGCACCUGGAAGAGAAGAGGAAGCAGAAGCGUCUGAUGGUCCCUGAGCGAGAGACUCUGUUCAACACCCUGGCCAACAACAGAGAGAUCAUCAAUCAGCAGCGGAAGAGGCUCAACCACCUGGUCAACAGCCUGCAGCAGCUCCGCCUCUACAAUCAGACAUCCCAGUGGAGUGUUCCCGCUGAGACCUCUUCUCUCAGCAGUGCUCAAAGUUUUGACAAUGACCUUGAAAGCCUUCGCAGUGCCUUGAUGAAAACCACCCUGGAGUCUCAUGCCAGACCUCUGCCUAAAGUACCUGCUAAAUUAUCCCCUGUGAAGCAGACACAGCUGAGGAACUUCCUAGCCAAGAGGAAAACUCCACCAAUUAGAUCAACAGCUCCAGCGAGUUUGUCCAGAUCUGCCUUCCUGUCUACAAGAUACUAUGAGGAUUUGGAUGAAGUCAGCUCAACCUCCUCCGUUUCCCAGUCUCUGGAGAAUGAAGAUUCUCAGGCAGUGGACCAGGAGGAAGAGGCUGCUCCAGCCCCAGUCCCCCGGCACGCUCCCGUGGUCCGCACUCCCUCUGUCCAGCCUGGUUUGGUGGCUCAGCCUCCAGCCCUUGGGAAGCAGCAGCUCUCCCUGGGCAAUUUGUUGCCUUCAUCUUCCAACAGAAUCAUCCCCCAGGGUGCAGACAGCACAAUGCUUGCAACAAAGACUGUGAAACAUGGGGCCCCUGCUCCCACUGUCACUGUUCCAGCAGCACAGGCAGCUGCUGCUGCAGCUCUGAGGAGGCAGAUGGCUAACCAGUCCCCAGCUGUGAGCACCUCCUUGACUGAAUCCACGCUGAAGAACGUUCCUCAGGUGGUGAACGUCCGAGAGCUCAAGACUGGUGCCCUGACCCCAGCUGUCUCCACAGUCAUUGGGUCAUCUGUCCCCCACUCUGCAGCCCAGGCAGUGCAGCAGGUUUUGACAGCUGCAGCUACAAAUCAAGCUAAACAGACACCUCUGGCAAACUCACUUAAGGGCCAGGCUCCACCUUCCUCGGUGUCUGCACCCUGUCCUGUAGCAUCUACAGCUGGGCCAGCAUCACCUGGCAGCAAAAUCUCAGGACAAGGGACAGUGAAAGCAGUUCCACCUGUGACCACUUCUGCGACCCCCUCAGUACCAGCCACAACUGCACAGCUGAGCAAAGCCUUCUCCUUCAGUUCUGCAGGGCCUGGAUUUAACUUUGGUGGUGUCACAUCAGCUGCUUCAUCACCGGCCCUGCCCAGCCUCACUUCCUCACAAGCUCCUGCUAAAGAGCCCACCCAGACAGAUCCACCUUUACUUGCUGGGGCUUCCAAGUUUGCAGUCAUGCCUGAGAACUCCUUGGCCUUCGGGUCCCUCAAGUCAGCGAGUGCUCCGGGAGCCUCGCUAGGAAGCAGCUCCUCAGCAGAUGGCACCCAAGCAACCAAACCUGCUGCAGCAACAUCUUCUGCUCCCUCCACAGCCCCUGCCAAGUUGGACACCUCUCCAGCUAAACCAGGAGACAGCUUGUUUCAAAGCAGCCUGGCUGGGGAGACUCUGGGGAGCUUCUCAGAGCUGCGAGUUGGUCAAGCGGAGGAUAAUGCCAAGGCCAGCACUAAAGCAGCACCUCCCAGUGCUGGGGGGGCACAGCCAGCCAAAACGUCCGCAGGAGCUGCUGGGUUUGCUUUUGGUGCUUCCCUGGGACUGGGAAAAGCUGGAGAAGCUUCAGCAUCAGUCAGCUCUGCUGGCACAGCACCCCCAGCCACCAGCACCCCUGCCACGGGCAGCCUCUUCGGCAGCGUCCAGAUCACCAGCAUGGCAUCCCCUGGGGCGUUCAGCCUCGGAGGCUCUGCUGGCAGCAAAUCCACCUUUUCCUUUGGGAUUCAGCCAGUGACCAGCCUCAGCACCUCCGCCCCUGCUGCUCUCUCUGCUCCGACCUCGGUCUCCUCUACAAGCUUCUUGAGCGCCUCCCAGACUGCUGUCCCUGCUGCAGCUUCUGCUAAGGUCGCAGGGGACAGCAAAGCACCUCCCGCGUCAGAAAAGCCACCUGAAAGCGAAGCUGUAGCGGCUGCGGCUUCCCCUCCAGUGGCACAGGCACCGCAGCCGCCGCUGGAGCCCGCUAAGGAGCCCUCUGUGCCGCCGGCCGCGGCUGGGGACAGCUCUGCCGCCCUGGCGCCAGCGCCUCCUGCUGCUGCUGCUGCUGCCGCUGCCUCCACCAGCGAUGCCAAGGCAGCAGUGCCGGCAGCAGUGCCUGCAGCUGCCUCUGCCCCUGCCCCUCCAGACCCCAGUGUCUUGGCCCCCACCUCUACCCCCAGCCUUGCCUCCCCUGCAGAAGCCUCCAGCCUGCUGCCUGCUGCCUCUGAGGCUGCUGCCUGUGCCCAGAGCCCAGCUGGGGGUGCCUCUGUGUUUGCCCCCACAUCCGCAGGCUCCUCAGUGUUCCCUCAGCCCCCGAGCUCCAGCUCCUCUGGCUCAGCAUUUAGCCAGCCUGCUGCUGACACUGCUGCCACUGCUGCCACCCCUCCUGUCUUUGGGCAGCUGCCAGCAGGUACCACAGCAGCCUCUCCCUUCGGACAGCUGCCCACCAGCACCUUGGCCACUGCCACCACGCAGGCUGCCAGCUCAGGCUUUGGGACCUCUGCCUUUGGCACCACCACCACAGGGGGCUUUGGGCAGCCAGCCUUUGGGCAGACACCCUCCUUUGGGCAGCCAACCAGCAGCUCUGCAGGUGGCUUUACCUUUAGCCAGUCUGGCUUCGGGACAGUGCCAGCCUUUGGCCAGCCAGCUGCCUCCACAGCAGCCUCCAGCAGUGGCAGCGUGUUUGGGGCAGCAGCUAGCACCAACAGCAGCAGCUCCUUCUCCUUUGGCCAGCCCUCGGCCAGCACCGGCGGGGGCCUGUUCGGCCAGAGCAGCCCUCCUGUCUUCGGGCAGAGCACUGCCUUCGGGCAGGGAGCCUCAGUCUUCGGGGGCACUGUCACCACCACAACCUCCUCCGCCGGCUUCAGCUUCUGCCAGGCUUCAGGUUUUGGUUCCAGUACCACAGGCACUGUGUUUGGGCAAGCAGCUAGCACUGGAGGCAGUGUCUUUGGCCAGCAGCCAUCUUCUUCUGCUGGAAACUUGUUUGGAGCUGGAAGUGGUGGCAGAAGUGGAGGCUUCUUCAGUGGUUUGGGAGGAAAGCCAAGCCAGGAUGCAGCCAGUAAGAAUCCCUUCAGCUCCUCCAGCGGAGGGUUUGGAUCUGCAGCUUCCCAGAGCUCUUCCAACUUAUUUGGCAACAGCGGAGCAAAGACUUUUGGAUUUGGCAGCUCCUUUGGGGAGCAGAAGCCUGCAGGGACCUUCAGCUCUGGUGGUGGCAGUGUGGCCUCUCAAGGCUUUGGCUUCUCCAGCCCAAACAAAGCAGGUGGCUUCGGUGCUGCUCCAGUGUUUGGCAGCCCUCCCACCUUCGGGGGGUCCCCUGGGUUCGGAGGGGUGCCAGCAUUCGGUUCAGCCCCAACCUUUUCAAGCCCUCUGGGCUCAACGGGAGGCAAAGUGUUCGGCGAGGGUACUGCAGCGGCCAGCACCGGAGGAUUUGGGUUUGGUGGCACCAGCAACAGCACAGCAUCCUUUGGCACCCUGGCAAACCAGAACACCCCAACCUUCGGCUCGCUGUCGCAGCAGGGCUCUGGGUUUGGCACACAGAGCAGUGGGUUCUCUGCCUUUGGGACAGGUGGAGGAGGGUUUGGGUUUGGAUCCUCUAACACAUCUUCCUCUGGAUUUAGUGCAUGGAGAAGCUAGGAACAUCCUGAGCUCCCUGUAGAUCUGUGCUGUAGCUCCUGCCUUCAUGAGUCACCAGCAUGAUCAGCAUCCCAACAGUUAUCCUUUCAGGCUCCAGUUCUGGGGCUGCCUUUGGUUUGGGUUUUGUUUUGUAAGGAGAAGAUUUUGCUUAUUUUUUGGUACCACUGUUCUGGCUACACAGUAAACUAUUUUCUCUGUCUUCA